AAAAAAAAAAAAAAAAUGUCUUGCCAAACUUACAACAACACAAUUAAUAAAUUCAAACUUCCGUUCCCACCUACUAUCGAUCCAAAUGAUAUUGUAGAAAAACGUAAACCUUGUAAAGUUAAAUCGAAAGGCCCAAAUGCUUUCCUUAUAUAUCGUAAAGCGUUCUUAGACCAUCUCUCACACCUAAAAUGCAAUCUUAAAAUGACUGAUGUAUCAAAAUUAGUGAGCAAGUACUGGGAAGAUGAAAGUAACACUGUAAAAGACGCAUAUCGUGACAUUUCAAAAAAAGUAGAAGAAUUAUUAGUCGAACGACGUAAAAAAACCGUUUCGAAUAGACUCAUUUGGAAGAAUUCUUCUACACAUAAACGAAAUCGAUUAGAAAAGAAGACAACUAAAGUUCAAAAAAUUAAAUCACCAAAAAUUAAUACAGAGGUUAUUCAUUCAAAUCGUAAUUAUCAAUUUAUAUCAACAUUUCCUGAUACUAUAACUUCAUCGUCCUCACAAAAGCAUGACACAGAAGUUACUAUAAUCAAUGAACCUAGCACUCCUCCAGAAAAUAUUCAAAAUCCACAACUUAACUAUUGCCAAGAGUUCAUUUACAAUCCAGAAUCAUAUCUUAAUCAAUUUUAUUUCCCUUGUUACGAUCUACAAAUCGUAGAAAAUCCUUGUUCCAAUCUAAGUAUUUAUGAGAAUCCACAACAACAAUUACAAGAAGAAACUUCAUUAUCGGCGAAAAUGUAUUAAUUUACAUUCAUAAGAUUUUUUAUUAUGACUCGAGGAAAAUCCAAACAAAAAAAUUUCGUUAUCGUCGAAGAUCAUUUGAUCUGUAUUUACAAUGCGUAAAAUGCUUAAAAAAUUUUUCUUUUUCGAAAUUACUGUACUUUUUUUUUUUUU